CAAACUUACGCGUUUCAUUUCGCGAAGGCUGCGCGCGCGGAUUACGGUUAAUUUUCAGUUGGUUUACAAACUUUACAAACGGCGUACGCUUAUCGCGAUCGCUUUUAAUCAACAAACCACAAUAGUUGCCUAAAUAACGGGUAUGUCACAGGAAAAGUGCUGCCGGUCUCAAAUUAGCUAAUUGAAUGAGAAAGUGCAAGUGACCGACCGAACUGCAACGGUAAAAAAAACGGUUGUUUUUUUUUCAUAAGCCAAACUAAUGAAUUGUUCCAUAAACUGUUUUUAUUUGAAUAUUUGUUAACUCGCGUUUAAUUUAAUGUAAUUGUGCGCGUCUCCCUACUUUUAGUUAAUAUUUUAUUACAAUCGGCAUGAUAAUAAGUCUACGAAAUUCGUUCUUUUUUUUUUGUUUUUGUUGAGAGUGCAAGAUCGUGCGCGUGUGUGUGUUUAUGUGUUUGUGAGGAAGUUAUAGUUUAAUGUUGGUUAGCUUCAAUUGUCGAGCAACACAGAAAAAUGAAAUAAAUAAAUAAAACAGCGGCAGCAGCAGCAGCAACAAUACCAAAAACAACAAAGUGAUGCUGAUUGAUGUCACACACACCACGGAACAAAAAAAAUAAAUAAAAAAAUAAAUUAUCACCUUGAAGGGGUUUAUCAAUUUCGCCAGUUCAUAAAGAUGUUAUCUAGGAAAACCGUUUAGAGGUUUAGAGGCGCGCCUGUGAAUUUGUCGGUACUGCAGAUUUGCCAGCGCUCACAAACGGAAACGGAAGUGACGCCCGAAAGGAAAAGGGGCAGAGGAAGAGGAGAGGAAGCGCAGGACGGCAGGACAAACGGCUGAAUAAUGCAAAUUAAAACACAAUAAAAUGUAAAACACAAAUGACAACGGAGAACACGAGCUGCAAAAGGCUAAAGGAGCUCUAUAAAAAAAAAAAACAAAAAAAUAGCAAAAGGCGAAUCGGUUGACAUGCCAAAAAAAAUGCGAGUGGCGGCAACUUUUCCACUGAAUUGAUUUGAUUUUCAGUCAGGAGUACAGCCGUAAUACGGAGCGUAUGCGCGAUACGUAUACGCGAUAUAUAGGGCGCCGGGGGAGCGGCGGAAAUUUGCAUAACUUUGCUGGCGUGGCAUAAACAUCAAAAAACAAAUUGCAAGUAACAAAGGAAAGCAAUGGUCAUAAAAACGGCGCCAGCCUCGUAAAAAAGCGUACAAAAAAAUUCUCGCAAAACCCCCGUUCUUUAAGUGAAAAUUAAUUUAUGCAGCAAAUCAAAAACGAAUAGGGAAGAAAUAUAAAAGUAAUCGCAGGCCGUAACAAUUAAGACAGCCGGGUUUAGAAAAGAAAAGUCGGGAAAACGCUGGAAAGAGCUGAAAGAAGCUGGAAAAAGCCUGGGGGGAAAACGCUGGAAAAUCAAGUGCAGCAGCAGCCGAAAAAAAGGAAACACAGAGUCGAAGAAACCGGUUAGCAAGGGUUGCUUAUAAAUGUACCAGGACAGCGGCUGCAGCAGCAGUAGCAGUCGACGCGGCAGCAGCAGUGCAGCAGCAGCAACAUCUACAGCAGCAACUGCAGCAGAAACUGCAGCAGCAACCGCAGCAGCAACAGCAGCAGCAGCAACAGCAACAACCAGCAGCAGCGACGAGGAAACACUCGAGACUCUGACGAUUAUAACAACCACCAUCACCGAUAGCGAUAUCCAUGCGACCACAACAACAACGACGGUUAUAGCCAGCGGUACGGCGACAACAGCGGCAGCGACAACAGCAACACUUGCCACACUUGCAACACUCGCCAGCAACAACAGCGACAUCGAGGACAGCAGUCCGGUGGAGAGCGAGGAUAGCGAGGAGUGUGAGUAUAUCGAGAUCGAUUGCCAGACGACCGCCCAGGAAGGCACUUCGCCAAGUGGCGGCAGCAGCAGCAGCGGCAAUGCGGCCUUGCUGCAACGCAGCUGCAACAAUCUCCAGCAGCAGCAGCAGCAGCAACAACAUUUGCAACUGCAGCUGCAACAGGCGGACGAGCGAUUGUUGCGCAAAAUCGGCUAUAUUGCAUCACGAGUGCGCUGCCUGGCCAAAUACUACGGCGAUUUCCGGCUGGUGAAUCCGUACAGUGCCCGCCGACAGAGGCGCCAACUGCAGGAGAUCCUGCUGCGACACUCGAUCUUCGAUCCUGGCAAGGAGCACCAGCGGGCGAUUGUCUUGGCCGCGGCAACAGCGGCAAUUGCCGGUCCUCUGGCGGCCAUCGAUUGCGUCUGCGGCAGCAGCAGCAUCAGCUUAGAGGCGGUCAGCAGCAGGAGUCGCAGCAGUGAGCUGGAGGACGAUCAUCACGAUCAUCACGAGCAUCACGAGCAUCCGGAUCAGGGGGAUCAGGGGGAUCAUCACGAGGAGGAGCACGAAGAGGAGCAAGAGCACCCCAGUGAAAAGGCAGAGAGAAGCGACAUUGGGGAGGAGCCACCGCCGGCGAUUGCAGUGACCACCACCACAACGGCCACCGUGCGCCGGAAGUCCUCGAGCAGUUCCACCAUCAGCGGCACGGCCACCGUUUCCGGUUCCGUUUCGGUUUCGGCAUCCGCCUCGCAAUCCUUUUGCUCCAACAACAUCAAUCUGCUCGAGGAGCUGCUCAUUCAGUUCUACGAGGAGCAGGAUCAUCGCAGCAACCUAACGGUGAUCCGGCAUCAUCAUCAUCAGCAGCACCAGCAGCAGCAGCAGCAGCAAAGGAUCACCAACAAUAAUAACAACAAUAACAAUUGCAACAGCAUACAGAACAACAACAACAUGUCGAAUCCUGCAGCAACCACAGCGGUUGCGGCAGCCACAACAACGCCAUCAACAGAACAACCGGCGACCUCGAGCACCACCACCAACACCACCCACUUGCAGCCCACCUCCCUGCCCGAUGGCAGCGAUAAUCCGCGACGCCGCCGUGCCAGCGAUUGCUCAGCGGUCCAGGCCGCUCUCCAGAAUCAGCUGCACUGCAUCACGCUGAAGAACAACAAUUGCGGCAAGGCGCUGCCCUUCCAUCGCGGCAGUUGCGGCGCUGCCGGUGAGCACCUGUUGGCCGCCAAUUCGAUAGCAAAUCGUGCCACCAUUAUCCUGAGCAAAUCCUGCAGCAAUGUGGAUGGUGAUGCCACUGCCACAGCGGGCACGGCACUAAGUUCAACGGUUGGCGGUGGCAUCGGUGGCAUUGGUGGCAUUGGUGGCAGCAUCAAAAUGCGGGCCAGUGCCACAGAUAUCGAGACGAAUGCAUUGAACGGUGCCCGAGAUGCCAUCGUGGCAUCGAAUAACGUUAACAACGGCAAUAACGGCAAUAACGGGAACAACGAGUACAGCAUCCUGCAGCUGAACAACACGAUCAUCCAGUGCCACUUCAACGACGAUGACUUUCGCGCUUUGGUCAAGGACCUCAAGCGCAAGGUCGAGUACACGGAGCGCAUGAAUUGGCUAUGUCUCUCCAAACGACCGCUGGGCCCGCCGCAUCGUAAAAGCAGUCUACCAAAGCAUCAGGAGGUGAAGCGCCGCUUUCUGGAAAUUUGUGAUACGACCUUCUCGGAGGAGGUGAGGGCCGCCCUCCGCCUGCCGGCCUUCGAUUCCUACGAGUGGAGCGAUGCCGAUGUCAUCCAUCUCAUGCAGACCAUGUUCGUGGAGCUGGGCUUCAUCGAGAAGUUCAGCAUUCCGGUGGACACGCUGCGCGAGUGGCUCUACGAGGUCUACAAGCACUACAACGAGGUGCCCUUCCACAACUUUCGGCACUGCUUCUGCGUUGCCCAAAUGAUGUAUGCCAUAACGCGCCAGGCGAAUUUGCUGAGUCGCCUGGGCGAUCUAGAGUGUCUGAUCCUUUUGGUGUCCUGCAUCUGCCACGACCUCGACCAUCCUGGCUACAAUAACAUCUACCAGAUCAAUGCCCGCACCGAGCUGGCUCUCAGAUACAAUGACAUCUCACCGCUGGAGAACCACCAUUGUUCGAUAGCGUUCCGCCUGCUGGAGCAUCCCGAAUGCAAUAUAUUCAAGAACUUCAGCCGCGACACCUUCAAUAACAUUCGCGAGGGCAUCAUCCGGUGCAUUUUGGCCACGGACAUGGCGCGUCACAAUGAAAUCCUCACGCAGUUUAUGGAGAUAACGCCCAUCUUCGACUAUAGCAACCGUGCCCACAUCAAUCUGCUCUGCAUGAUCCUGAUCAAGGUGGCGGACAUAUCGAACGAGGCGCGACCCAUGGACGUGGCCGAGCCCUGGCUGGAUCGCCUGCUCCAGGAGUUCUUUGCCCAGAGUGCCGCCGAGAAGUCGGAGGGAUUGCCGGUGACGCCGUUCAUGGAUCCGGACAAGGUCAGCAAGCCGGGCUCACAGGUCCGCUUCAUCGGACUCGUUCUCCUGCCACUCUUUGAGGCACUGGGCGAACUGGUGCCGGAGCUCACCGAGCUCAUCAUCAUACCCGUGCGCAUUGCCCUCGAGUACUACAGGCGCCUCAACGAUGCGCAGACAAAAGCACGCAAAUCGGUGGCGGACAGCAAUACGUCCGCGACCUCCGAUAGCAACAGCGGCACCAUCGAUUCCAAUGCGGCCAUGGUCAGCACUCCGGGCGGCGCCAGCGAUAAGCUCAGCUUGGACAAGGGACUGGGCAAUUCGCAGGGCUCCGGCGCCGCAGGAGGAGGAGGUGGUGGUGGUGGUGGUGGUGGUGGUGGUGGAGGAGGAGCAGGUGCCGGAGGUGGUGGCACUGGAUCGGGAUCUGGCGGCGGCAAUGCCGCUGGCAGCGUAUCGCCGCAAAUGCCGCGCUCCGGAUCCGGGAUCAGUGUCAAGUCGCGACGCAGCAUUCCAUCGCAAAAGUCCGCCUCGAGGACGUCCGUGGAUGAGCCCGGAGGAAUGGCGGCGGAGCUGCACGAUCUGCCGGAGGGCAGCGAGAGCGGUGACUCGGAAACGGCCACCGAAGUUGAUGUGGCCGAGAAGACGUCCAAGUUCAAGGUGGACACCGAGGGCAGCAGCAAUCGGAGCAAGUCCUCGCACUCCACCUCCCGCAAGUCAUCCCGCGAGAAGCGCCCCUCGAUGAUUGGCGAACUGUGCAGCAGCGGCGGUGGGCAGCGCAUUCGGAACUCGUACGGCAACAUCCACGGCUAUCACAGCAAUCGCUGUCACUUUGGCAACAAUCGGGCGGUCAGCUUGGAUCAGUAUAGCAGCGGCGGUAACAAUCGCCGCCUGUCGGAUGGCCUGCCGCAGGUGAUCUCCGACAGCAAUGUUUUCUACGGCCGGCACAAUCGUAGCAGCACGGAGACCACUGGCGCCGCCGGUGUGGUUGUUGGCAUACCGCAGGACACCAAUGCGAACACCAAUCAUCCGGUCGGUUGUCAGCUGAAGGAGCUAUUGGCCCGCACCGAGGCGGACUCCGAUUGUGAGGACGAUGGCAAUGGCAGGGCGGACAAGAAGAUUCCGCUGGUCAUACCGCAGUCGAUGCCGCAGCUGGCCACAUCAUCGAAUGGUAACAUAUCGCCGACACUGGUGGUCACCGAACAAAUCCUGCCCAGCAACGGCAGCACACGGAGCAGCGGCAGCAGUGGUCGUGGCGCUGCCGGAAUACCUGGUGGAUCGGGUGGCUCCGGAAUGCCGGGACCAUCGGCCGGUACUGGUGGUAGUUCCUGGAAAUCGAGACUACGCCAGUUCUCCGAUUACUUUAGCUUCAGCUUCGAUAAGAGCAACAAGCGCUUCGGCAGCACACGCAGUAGUCCCUGUCCCGGUUCCAAUUCCAAUUCCAGCUCGGGACGUGCUAACAACAAUGCCAAUGGCUUGGGUGAAAAUCAGGACGGAUUGGGAGCAGGCGGUGCCAUAAAACCGGGCAUGUGCUGCACCACCAUCACCAAUAGCACUGGAUCCCCCGUUAAAGUCGAGGCGAGAGGUGGCACCGCAGGCGGCGGUACUGUGACCACCAUGACCACCAUGACCACCACCGGAAAUGAUGCCCAUCAGCGCCAUCGCGCCUACAGCCUGGAUGUGCCCGGCAUGAUGAGAUACUCCUCCAACGACAGCAGUCGCCAUCCCAGCAACAAUACGCUUCAGAGUGCGGGCGGAGGCGGAGGCGGCGGCGGCGGCAUUGCUGGCCUGACCACCGGAUUAGAGGUCACUGCCCAACGAGUGCCGCCCAGUUUGAGCGUGGAAAUGGGCCUGGCCAGCGGCUCAUCAUCGGAGGCGGGCCCAAAGAUUUGACAACAGGGGAGCACCAGGGUGGAUGCGGUUGCCAUUGGCAAGGGCUAUGACGGGGCCGUUGAGCAACAGCAGGAGGGCGAUGAGGAGGUGCAGGACGACGAGGACGCCGAUGAUGGCCGCGAGGAGCACCGCCAGCUGCAGCGGCAUCAUCAUCAUCAUCAUCAGCAGCAGCAGCAGCCGGACGCCUCGUCCAGCUGCGAGGUGUCCUCCAUGUCGAUGACCGUGUGGUCGGCGAUUGGUCAGCGUUUGAACGCCCUCGUCUGCCAUUGCUGCGAACGCAAAUUACCGGAACCAGAAAAUGUCUAAGUGGGUGGAUAGUACCCAACACCCAACACCCAACACCCAUCACCCAUUCAAGAUGCAAUCAAAUGCUUGACCCUCUGCCCCCCCUCAACUUUAGCAGCUGGGUUGUCCUUGGCUUUCACACUCGUUGGCUUCGCCUGGUAGCUUAGGUUUUAAGUUUAACUCGUAGCAAACUACAUUAGAUUUCCACAGAUUUUACUCUCUUGUUUUGUUUUUUUUUUUUGUUUUAUUAAUUAUUAUUUUAAAUUUCUCUUGUUACCUUUUAAGUAUUUUUAUUUAUGUACAUGCGCAUACACACACAAAUAUAUAUAUAUACAUCUAUUAUUAUACUUAAUCGAAUUUGCUAUUGUGGGCACAAACAACUACGAGCUGCAUGUUUAGCACAUAAGCAGGCUUCAUAAUAAUGCCAUAAACAAAUUUCAAAGCAUUCCAAAAAAGAUCUUAAAAUGAAAUGCCUCACAUGCCGUCGAUCAGUAAACGAAUUAACGAUGCAUUAACAUUGUCACAGGCAACUUUCCCAUCGUGUUGAGAAUGGAAAUGGAAGAUAACUAACUUUGUUAACUCAUUUGAGUGCGAUGCCUGGAAUUCCUCGUAAAUAGCUGCAUGGCAGCAUCAAUUUCCCGUGCCACCGAGCUCUCAGAAAAUCAACAAUGCGUUGAGUCCAGAACUCGUAGACCACCAAAAAUGUUUGAGGCCUUUCGUUUCGCUGUCAUGUGAAAUUCACGUCUAAUUAAGCAAAACAAAUUUCGCCCAUUGAAAUGCAUGGUUUUUUAGGUACAUCAUCGAUGUAUGCAACAGGCAUGGUCGCCGGUUUUAUCCAAUGUUGAUUCGGUCCCAGUCGACUAAUUCCAUUUGCUUGCAGCUCGUUGCCGUUCACUCACGCUUUUUGCCCAAUUUUUUUGUUCGUUUGGUUCGAUUUUUGCAAUUUCCAUGGCCAGUCGAUUGGAUUCUGCAGCCGCAGCUGUUGAUGUUGCUGCUGUUGCUGUUCCUGUUCCUGUUGCAGUUGCAGUUGCAGUGCUGAUGACGCUGAUGGCAGCACUCAAUUAGAAGGCAACGUGGGAGCUGUUAUUCUUUCGAUUAUGCACGAUUUUUCCGGCUGCUAAAAACGAUUCCAAAAAUGAGAAUCCUUUGGGAGGUGGUGGGCCUGCAGAAAACAAAAAAAAAAACACAAAUAUCAAUUUGCAUUCGAUAAAUGGAAACGAUUGAGGCCAACUGCAUUCACAUAUCCCAGAAAAAUGCAGAAAAUAUGGAAAAAAAACCCAAGUUAAUUCUAAUCAAUGUACAUUUCUGUAUGUAAUUAUGUUACAUAGUUCAAAACACAGACACACACACCAACACGAAUGCAGAGCAAUGCAAAAAUGAUUGCAUACUUUGCAGGGCGACCUCUGAUUGGCGAAGAUGAAACUUGAAUUCAAUUAUGAAAUGGCAACGCAGAGAUAAAUAGAAAAGGAGCAAAACUAAUGAAAUAAUUAUGAAUGUAUUAUGCAGAGGCGAGACCAAGCUGGUCCUUGGAUACAGAUAAAGCUAUAUUAACUGAAAUAAAUAAAAAGAGUUGCAUUUUUUUUUUGAAUGUGUGUAAUUAAGUGAGCACUAAUUGAGCGUUCAAUUCGAUGAAGGUGUUAAGAGGCAUAUUUAUUCGGUGUACAUUUGGAUGUCUAGCGAAUCGCAGCGAAUACUCUUUACUAAUUGUGCAUUGUAAUUGCAAGCUGCAGCAUAUAUGUAUGUAUGUACCUAGAUGUGUACGUGUCAUUUUCUCUCUAAGUUUUGUGUACGU